AUGGAAGUUAUGCCUGGAAAACAGAAGAAUAUAAAUAUAUAUAUUUAUGAUGAUUAUGUAUAUCAUGUGGACAGUCGCUAUAAUAAUAUCUUUCGAUGCAAUAAACGUCGGGUAACGAAAUGUCGAGGUGCAGUUAUCCUUCAGGGUGACAAUAGUGUACGUGUUUUAGAAGAACAUAAUCAUCCAAGAUCAAAUUUUGUCAAAGAACAAAUUGAAAUGAAAGAGGAAAUGCUAAGGCUUUGUCGCACUACUUACAUUGAUUUUAAAGAAAUCUUUGAUUCAAUUUGCAGAAGCAAUCCAGAUGCAGCACAAUAUUUGAGUUUUCCGGCUAUAAGAUGUAACAUGCAACGUGCACGUGUACACAAUCAGCCAUCUGUACCUGAUACAUUAGCAUCAUUAUGUGAUAUGUUGGAAAACUAUUAUUUACUAGAAGCUUUGUCAUCCGCUACAGAAAUCUAUGUGGAUGGGAUAUUUUCUGUCCUUCCACGCAAGCCUCAUAUCGCGCAGCUCUACUCUGUACAUAUGCGGUAUAUGGAUACAGGAAUUGCAACUUUAUUCAUAUUGUGUGAUGUACGUACAGCUACUAUGUAUGAUGUUUUGUGGGAUAAAAUUAUACAACUGAUACCACAACUUAAAGAAAAUAUUAAUUUUAUAAUGAGCGAUUUUGAAAUGGCUGCAAUAAAAUCGCUUAGUACGAAGUUUCCAAGAGCAAAAUUAACUGGCUGUUGGUUCCAUUUCAAUCAAGCUGUACUGCGUAAAUGGCGAAAAUUACGCCUUUCAAAUGUUCCAAAAACUAUACUUUCCAUGACAAUGGCAUUGCCUUUACUACCACCAGAUAUGUUUCAAGAAGCUUUAUUCAUUAUACAAGCUGAAACCGAUUUACUUUCUAGUGAAUAUCCUGAUAUUUUACAAUUCACAUCCUAUUUGAGGCUUUCCUGGUCAAAUAUGGCAUCUAGAAUUAGUACUUAUGGUUGCCCUAUACGUACUAACAACAUCCCAGAUAGCACAUGAUAUUCGAAUAUUCUAUACACAUACCGUGAAUGUACGUACUGAACAUAAUAUACUGAGAACAUCCCUACAAUAUCUCUUAUAGUAUAUUAUUUCUUGUAUAUUCUCACAAUAUACUAAUAAUAUCUUUUACAGUAUAUUAUUUUUCGUA